AUGCUCACGUCGAGGCACAGCAGCAUCCCCGCCAACACUAUACACAACCUCCUCUCCGGACGUGCCCAAGUCGAUGCGCCCAGCGGCCCCUCCAACGACAGCAGCAGCACUGCCUCAUAUGUCGGCUACGUCUCCGACCCAAAUGGCCGCGGGACCACGUCUCUGGUCUUGUCCUGCCUCCUCACUCUCGUCUUAUGCGUCUGGUCUGCGCUGCACCUGAACGUACCGGCCCGACACCGCAGCGUGAUUCAGGUUCUCUGGCUCAACGUCCGUUGGAUCUUCGCUGGAAUCUACGCCCCCGAGCUCGUAGUCUUCGUUGCUUGGCGCCAAUGGUGCUCUGCGCGCCUAUUGCAGCAGCACAUCUUGCGCCUCCACGCUGAUGCCAAAGAGCGUGGCGAUGAUCCGUUCUCGGAGACGAAUCACGACGAGCCGCCGCUAUGGACAAUGGCUCACAGCUUCUUUGCCUGUGCGGGAGGCUUCGCCAUCGAGCUCGACAGCAUGCGUGGAAGCGUCCUCGGCCAAUCGCACCUGCCCGAGGAAGGCACCGGUGAGAAAGCAGAAUGUCCGCGACUUACCCUCACGGCCAGGGGCGUGAUGCUCCUUGCCAGUAGCGGCUUCGUUCCUCGCGUGACAAAGGCCGAGAUUGAAGACAAGUCCAAGGCAAAUGACCUUGCCAAGGCCACCGUCAUCAUACAAGCCACCUGGAUGCUUGUCCAGGUCAUCGGCCGCCUCGCCGCCCACCUGCCCGUCACGCUCCUCGAGGUCAAUACCGUUGCCCAUGUCCUAUGUGCCUUCGCCAUGUACAUCUUCUGGUGGGACAAGCCCCUGUUGCCAAACGAGCCCAUCGUCCUGCGAGACGAGUCCCUUGCCCCCCUCGUUGCCUUCAUGUAUGCCAGCAGCGAGACUCUGUUUGCCAAUCUCAAUCUUUAUUCGACGACGCCCGAACUGGAGAAUCUUUGCCUCAUCCGGACCUGUGAAGAGAGCGAAAGUGGAGAGACAGCGGACGGCGAUGCAGAGGGAACCGUCAAACCCCUAAACCUCUCAUCCGUCACGCAGUUUCCAGGCAUGGUUCAGCGGGCACCGUCAACUUGCCUGCGCCAGCUCGAAAGGAAACGUCAGAAGGAGCACGGUACGGCAUUUUUCGAGCGCCGGCCGCGAGUUAUCCCACACCAGGAGCAGGCUGCCGAGGCGCCUUCCUCGUCAGACAUGGCUCGAUGGACCCUCAUUCAACAAGCCCUUCAGAAAUCACCGGACCUGCUCCUUCGCGACCGCAUCCUCCUCUCCCACUCUGCCGCCACACAUGCUUCUUGCUUGCACCUGCGCCCUGAACAACUCGUCGCCACGCACAUCCCCAACUGGCCCUCAAACGACCUCCUCCGUUCCGUCAACGGCCUCGUCGUCGGUAUGAUUCUCUGGCUUGCCAAUCUGUGCUAUGGCGGCUUCCACGCGGCAGCCUGGAACGAUCACUUCCCGUCCGUCGCGGAGAAGUGGCUGUGGCGAGCCUCCGCCUCCUACAUUGGCUUCUGCGGCGGCUUCUGGGUCAUCCUCAACUCGGCCGUGGCCCGCUGGCCGGCCCUCAACGCCUUCUGGGAGAAGUGGAUGGACGGCGAAAAGUCGUUGGCUCAGAGCAUCGGCCUCGGAGCCGUCGUCUUCACGUGCGGGUUUAGCCUCAUGCUGGCUCGCAUGUACGUCGUUUUAGAAGCCUUCAUCAGCAUUCGUGAGCUGCCUGUCGCGGCAUACGAUACCCCGGAGUGGACAGACCUCUUUCCUCACUUGUAA